GGAGACAGAAGACCGUUGGUGAGCUAGCCGGUCUACUCUCCAACCCCAGUGUUAUUGUGUCAUUUCCUUAUAUAUUUUUUUUUGUUAUUCUCAGCACAUGUCAAAAUCAUCAUUAUUUUACGUAAAGUUUCAUUUUCUUGGCCAUAAAUUAUGCUGUUUGUGUGUAUCAUGUGAUUUCUCAUCAGUAUAUCAGGAUAUUAUAUACUGCCAGGACUAGAUCUAAGCGUGAAUUCUUGGAUAGUACAGUUUGAGUCUCGUACAAUGUGAUUCGAUCUAGCCUAUUCUAGAUCUAGGUCAUCUUGGUUUUGGAUUGAAUCUAAUCGAGCUCUCCAAACGUGUUGUGUGUUACAAGUAAGUGAUCGAUCCUCCACCUCCCUGUGAUGUAAAGUGCUUUAGGGUAUUGAUGCACUUUUUAUUUCUUAAGACUGUGUAGUGGUUAGGAUUGAAACAUCCUUGGAAAAAUAAAAUCUGCUCGAUCCCUUUGGAAUAUUCGUGCUCCUCUCCGGAUAUUAAGUGUGGAUAGUGGAUACAGACCGGAUAUUAAGUGUGGAUAGUGGAUACAGACCGGAUAUCAAGUGAGGAUAGUGGAUACAGACCGGAUAUUCAGUUUCAAUAACAAUUCGUCUUUGUGUGGAUAUGUUGUUUUGUUAGUUUGUAAAUAAAACUGUUUUUUUUGGUGAUCUUUAUUCUGUGUGAUGAAAGAAGCUGGAUCUUUUUCUAGAAAUAUUUACACCCCUGGAGUUAAAUAAGAGCAACAGUCUUUGAGGCGAGGGAUUUAUAGGACCACGAGCAGCGGCGCCACCUGUGGACAUGUAACGCUCGUUACAUCAUACAUCGACGUGUGCGAGCGAGGCCACGCCGGAUUAAACCCGUGACCCCCUCGGAUCUAAACCUCUGGAACGCCGCCGCGACCACCACCCGCCUUGUUCGUCCUAGUAAGUAACAGGCACCUGUGACUUACCAGUUAUCGUCAUCGGAUACCAGAACCGGAACAUCAUUGGAUUACUUCCUGUUUCGAUUUCCUUUCAUUUUAAAGGUUCUGGUGAUUGAUGUGAUGACGGCGCCUUUUUUACCAGGUCACGCUCAAUGCUUUCCUCUACCUUAGGAUAUAAUUUUUCUUUGGAUAUAUAUAAAGACAAGAAGUUGUACUUGUGAUUGACUUUAUGAGAAGGAGUAUCUAGUCAAGGUGGAGUCAUGGCGCUGACAUCUUAGCCCAAGGGAACAGUGCAACACACCCAUAUACCUAUUGCCCAUGGAUCCGUCCAAAGACGGGGCUCGCCAUGGAACAGGUGUUGGGGUAGAAAUGACCAUGUCCCUGAGCGGGCCGCCUGGCUUCACGCGACACACCACGGUGUCCAGCGACAAUAUCCCCCACUACAUGAGCCGGCAGCACCAGCAGAAGGCCAUCCCUGGCAUCCACGACCCUAGGUCCUCGGCGAUGAACCCAAGAGCUAUCCCUGUGGAUUCCAGGAGCGGAGGCCACGGCGGCACUCUAGGGAUGGGUCACGACGCGCGUAUAACUAUGGACGUGCAGCAGCAGCACCAGGUGCGUGACACUCCCCGGACCCAGCUGGACACGAGGGCGAUGGAACCGAUGAUGGGCAAGAACGCACCCCCGAGGCUUGUGGCUGAAGUUCCACAGCACCAUCAGAUCCCUUUGCAACAUCAUAGAGCUGACUCCAGAAGUUUCCCAGACCCUCGGACGAUGAUGACUUCGGACAAGCGGGGCUUGAAUCCAGACUCAAGGUCGUCUCGAGAAACCGUGCUUAUGGGAGACCAUCGUAGCGGGCAGUUGCCCAUGUCGUCGACACCCAGCCGUGCCGGGCGACCACAGCAGGGAUCUAUGCCGCCGCUGACCAUGAAUGAGUCCCUGAGAGCUGCUUACGAUAGUAUGGAACCGGGCAUGGCAUCUUAUGGUUCUCUUUCAUCCGUGCCUGGAGGUCCUCUCAUGUCCCCUCACGGAACCGUCGCCGGAAAACAGGUGGUUGGCUCUCAGAACAUAGCGGGUCCACAGAUGGCGAUGCCCUACUCGGGUCAGAAACAAAGCAGAAUGUCUGACUCCAUGGUUCCUUCUGGUCAAACGUUACACCACGCUCCUGAACACUCUCUCUACUUGUCUGGGAAGACGUCUUCUAGAACGUAUACCGGAAACCAUCAGAAGUUGCUGCCCCCUGGUCAUUACAUGACCGAUAUGUCCAAAGGUCCGAUCGAUGUGAAAAGCAGCAUGGGCCUUAACCCCAGUGAUCAACUUUCUCCACAACACAGAGACUUAUUGCGAGAUAGAGGAGCUGUUAGUGAGUUACGCGAGAGAGAAGUCCGCUAUAGUAGUGUUCCUUCACCCAUGUCCAGGAAUAUACAAAAGUCCAGUCUAGAGUUACCGUCUAACCACAUGAAGCUUCAGGUUGACUCUUCUGAAGUCAGGAGGCAAGAGGAACAUCUGAGAAAGGCAUCGUCGUAUUCCGGUCCACCUCAGAGCAUUUAUAAAUUGCAAGGGGCUGAACCUCACGCCUCUUUAAGUAAAGCCAUUACUUACCCUUUGGGAGUAGAUGUGUCACAUAGAGGCGGGCAGGCCCCGCCUUCAUUGACUUCUCAUAUGUCCCCACACCCUUCAAACGUUCAGCCCAUUGGUCAUUCUUCUUAUCCCUCUCCACAGUCCCUUUCAGAAAGGGGCAUUCCUUACCCAAUGGAGCAAAUGUCACAGCCUCGUCUUCAGAAAUCUGUCAUCAGGCAGAGCAUGUCAUCUGAAGAGGUCGUUUGGCGCGAAGGAGGUUACCCACCUGAGCCACCUAAACAGUCUAGGCCAGUGUAUCACAUCGAGGACAUCGGCCAGACAUCCAAGAACGUCCCCUUACACAUUAGUGAUCACGAAUCUAGUCACCCCACACUCCGAGAUGUUGGUCUGCCCAGAAUGCAAGGCUCAAUCAGCACUGGCCAGCCAAGGAUCAUGUACGAGCCACCAAAGUCUUCAAAUUAUCCUGACCAAAGAGUUCAACCCUCUGACAGGUAUACAUCUUCCCAGAGGGAUUACCCAUCACCCAGACCGACCUCCAUCGGCAGGAGUUCUCAAAUGCAGCAAGCCAACCUCGUCUUGCCACAAGAGGAGAGGCCAGUGCACAACCAGCAGGAGAAAACUGUGAGCGCACUCGAUCUGACCAAAUUACCUCAGGGAAGCUCAAAACCAGGCGACAGCCCUCUGGAUCUUACUGUCAAAACAAAAAAGAGGCCAGCAGACGAUAUAGACAAUGCUGAAUACGACAGAAUGGUAUCUGCUGCUAAAAGGAUGAAGCCUGAUGUAAAUAGUGCAGUUACUGGAUUAAUAAACCAAAAGGCAUCUGUAAAUUCUGUUGACAUGACGCACAAUACCAUAUGGAUAUCAUCGCCUUCGCCAAGGGGCCCAGAAUCAUACGAGCCUCUAGCGUCUCCUUCUUCUUAUACCGCUCAUGCAUCUCCCUUGUCAACAGUACAGCGACAGAACAAAUACGGCUACAGCGUUGAUGGUCGCAUCAGCGCCGACAGCAGGAUGACCGUAGAUGGUAGAAUGAGUGCCGACGCUAGAUCCUGCGUUGAUGGACGGAGCAGUGUUGAAAGUAGGUCUAGCACGGACGGCCGUACCCAGAGCAGUCCUCACGUGCAUGGGAAAUUCCCAAUGGUGCCGCCACAGCAUGGAAAGAUUGGCAGUUCGGCUAUGGUGUCGGACAUGGUGAAGCAUGCAGCAGGCAACCCGCCUAUGUUGCCGCUGACGACACAGCUGGAAAAAAUGAAAGAAGAUCAUAGGAAGCAGAAGAUGGGUAGCGAGAGCAUCCAAAAUCCUUACGCGGACCCCAAGCGCCUGUACAAAGAUUCUCUGAGCCCUAGAAGCAUAGAGAUGGUCCCAGGAAACGCCAAUGAGGUCAUCGUUGUUCGACACCCGCAGCAACAUUACGACGUCUCUCCACAGCAGCAACACCAGCACGCUCUACAACAACAUUCGUACAAGCAGCAGCAGCAACAGUUACAUCGACAACAGAGUAUGGAUGUACAUAACCAGCAGCUACAUCAACAGCAACGUCAAAAGCCAAACGAAGUCCAUGAGAUCAUUGAGCUCGGAAUAAAAGACUCCAGCGAUCCUCUGCAGGCCUCGCGCUCAUUUGCUAGAUCGUUUAGCCAAAGCAUGCUUCAGCAGCACCAGCAGCAACAACAGCAUCAGAUGUAUCUCCAGCAGCGGCAGUCUUCCCUAAAAGAGCAGAUGAUGCCAAUGCAGUCGUACCCCAAUGCCCAGCAUGUUCAGUAUUCCAAAGAACAGAUGAUUCAACAGCAGGUUUUUAGUAAGCAGCAACCUCAGUCAUCUAUGUCCGUUCAGCAUUACCAAAACUCUCUCUACCCGAUGAAACAGACUGACCCUGGAUAUUAUCAGAAACAGUCACAGCCAACAAAACACUCUGAUACCAAGUCUUAUAAACAGACUACCACAUCUUCUCAGAAUACUCUAGUCGGAACUCAAAAAUGGGCAACACAGCCGAAAGAUACAAUAAAAAGUGGAUACCUCCAACAAACGAGCUCUUCGGGGAGUUACCAAUCUAUGAAAGGAAUGUCCUCAAAGUCACUCAUUAACAAUCAUGGCGCAGAAAGCAUGGAUAAUUCUAAAUUUAACUACACCAAAACAGAACGGCCAUUGAAAUCUGAUAUGUUGAAGGCCACAUUUCCUGCUGCAGCUGGUCCGCUGCCUGUUGGAGGGGUCAGAGAAGAGAGCAGAAGAGCUUUGCGAAGGGUCAGUUAUCCCAGCACUGAACCAGGCAAGCAUUCAGAGGGCGCACGAAAAGAGAGCACUUCCAGCUUGCCGGACAAGCCAGCAAAGAACGAUAUUGAAGUUAGUAUUAGUCCCCAGUCAAAGACAGAGUUGGUGAGCCCAGAGCGAUCACUUCCUAGCGGCAACACUGACAAAAAUGACGAUGUUCUCGUGGAAGAAAAAUCCAGUUCAAGAGAUACACCUCUCAGCCACCAAAAGAAAUCUCCUAAUAGUGUGGUUUCUUUAGACCAGUCAGCGCCUACCCCUCCUGGUCAGUUUGCCAUUCCUUUAUCUGUAACUAUCCCUCAGUCUACCAGCCCCAUGAUCACAACUUCUCCCUCGCCAGCUGCAAGUACAACCCCCAAGUCUGUAGGCACAAACAAAGCCUGUUGGUCCAAAAAGCACAUGAUUUUGAAUGCUGUUAACAAGGAUGAAUCUCUGAAGCGGAUUAUUAGUAACACAGCCCGGAAACAUGAGGCAGGGGGCAUCUCUGCCGAGUGCAAAAGUAGAAUUAUGGCAAGCAGCACGUGCAGCCCCAUACCUACCUCACCGAAAAUGCCUAUUCUUAGCCCCCACGAAGACGAGGGGGAAGUUGCGAUUGAAGAGAUGGGAGUCAGGGCGCAGACAAACAACGACGACCCACCCACCUUGGCCCCAAUCAGAAGAGGCCAGGGAAAGUCUUCAGCCCCUAGAGUGUCGAACUCGUCAAGCUCGUCCUUUUCCCAAGCCGGCACUUCCACUGGGAACUCCUCCACGGACAACCAACUCGUAAAGGACGCUUACAAAAACAACAACAACAACAGCCACGAAAUCGCUAACAACAACAGCGCCAACGCAGCUGUGAUGGACGUGCCAGCCGGCGAAAUGCCGGUGAACGCAAUGGUUGUCAGGCGCUGCAGCAUCGGCGCCACCCAGCCAGAGCACCAGCAGCAGUCACUCAGUCCCGCCUCGGAUGAUUCACAGAAAUCUUCGUCGGGAAACGUGACGUUCCCCAGGGCCGAGGUAAUACGGAGGAAAUACUAUGUCGGCUCUAACUGGGGGCACAUGAAAAAUAUCCCCAUAGCCAACGUGGCUCCAUUCGUUCACUCGCGUGUGGAAGACGAGAAAUCAAAGCAACAGAAGAUCGAGGAACUGGUUCAGCUGCAUCCGCAGGGGGCCGCCGUUUCUGCUCCGACGUACCUGGUUCAAUCUCAAGACCUUACACCGGAUGUGAAAGAAGAUGGUCCCAGGAUAGUCCCAGAAGACCUCAACCUAAAAUCCUUGACCGACGACCCUGACAAAGAGGUCUCCCAGCUCCUGGCGACGUCCAGCAAGAAAGAGAUCAGCACCAAGAAGAAGAAGCUGACCAAGCUGCGGGUGUCCAGCCCGACCAAGAUGAAAGACCUGGAGAUCAUCUCCCCGAGCCUCGAGUACACGGUGCUCAAGGCCGCGGAGAUCGACGACCUCAAGUCUCGCGAGAAGCUCGGGCAUUCGGUGCUUGCCAAGAAGUCCCUGGAGAACCGGAUGAAGUACAAGCACAAGAUUGUCCGCGAGAAGAACCGAAUCAUGAAGCCCAAGAAGCUGGUGAAGAAGCGCAUCCAGUACGUCUACGACGACGACGAGAACGAGGAGCACGACGACUUGUUCAUCGAGGACGAUGACGAGGGCGACCAGGACUUUGACGACGAGGGCGCCGGGGACAAAAACGGCAAGAAGACGUCGAAAGCUGAUGCUGAGGCCAAAAUCCGAGACAGAGAGGAGAGAGCUUUGAGGCGUGAGCAGCUUCGUGACCAAUCAGAAGAAAGCACUGGGCGCCAUUCCCUGACCUCAUCCGGUCACCAGACCUCCAAGUCCAAAGGGAAGACCAUCUCCUCCGGCAGCAAACUCAAAGCCAAAACUAAGAGUCUGGGUAAAUCCAAGAGUGUGGCCGGCUCCACCAAGAACGCGGCCCGCAUCUCCAGGAGACGUGUGUCCAGCACCAAUCAAAGGGCACAGGAACUGAAACACAACGCCAUUGUUCAGAGGCGGAAUACAGGAAAGCGCAAGAUCCGGAGAUAUAACCGCAAUGCUGCCUAUGAGCAGGAGCUGCACAAGGAGGCUAACAGAAGGGCAGUCGUCAGAGCCAAAAGACAGGCAAGCAGCAAGGCCAGAGAACGACUACAGCAGCAGCAAAGAGAUCAGUCCAUCGACAAUGAGCAGGAUGACACCGCACUGGACGAGCCGUGGGAGAUGUCUGAGACGAAGAGCACCCCAGGCAGCGCCAAGAGGACCCACCAGGGCGGCGCCACAAAAAACUCUGGCAACAAAGGCGGCACGAAAGCUUCCACCCUGGCGUCAUCCGGCGGGAAAGGCGGAUCGGCCGGGAAAGGCGGAUCUGCUGGCAGCUCUGGCCAACACAAAGAGGACUACGAGUCCGAUGUGGAGAACGUCCCGGACGAUCUGGCCGCGGAGAUGGUCUCGGACGACGGCUCCUCCAACAAGAAGAAAAAGUCUCGUGGAGGGAAGAUGAAGUCCAAACACGGAGGAGAUGACGAGGAGGCUGAUCAAGAUGGCGGCCAGGAGGAUGAUGGCGAGUAUGAGGUCGACCAGCAGGACGCCAUUAGCAGCAUCCCUGUGGAAAAUGUGCCUGUCCCAGCAGACGUCAAGAAGCUGACCAUCAACAAGAACUCGGGCGAGACUUUGCUGCACCGAGCUGCCAGAAUGGGACAUGAGGAAAUCACCCUUUAUUGUCUAAAGACCAAAACUGUCCAUGUGAACUCCAGAGACAAUGCAGGCUACACCCCGCUUCACGAGAGUUGUGUCAGAGGCAGUGUGGCUGUGGCCAGGCACUUGAUCUACUAUGGAGCAGACGUGAACUGUUGUUCUCAGGAUGGCAUCAGGCCCAUCCAUGAUGCCAUUGAAAAUGAUCAUCUAGAGGUGGUCAGGCUACUGCUGGUUCAUGGUGCAGACCCUCUGAUAGCCACAUAUGCUGGACGAACCCCAAUCAGGAUUGCCAAGUCAUUAGCCAUGCUUCAGACUCUUCAAGGAUACAUUGGAGACCUGAAUGGUUGGGGCGAUGAGGAAGAUGAUGAUGACCAUCUCCAGGAAACUAUUGAGGAGGUCCCUUGGCGUUUUACCUCAUCACUCCUUUUUACAAAGAUUAUUGAGGGUGAGAGUUAUAGCCCUUGUGUUGACCUCCCAAAUGAUCCUCAAGAUGACUGUAAUGAUGUGUUUGAUGAUGGCCCCAGCUCUGCCAUCAAUGUCUUCAACCUAGCUCUGGAAGGGGAAGAUAGGACACCACAGCCAUUUUGUCUUCUGGAUGAGGUUAUUUUUCGGCUGGCCAUGACUAAAGAAAAGCUGACGGCGCUCUACCCUUGGAAGCCAAUGUCAGUUACCUUGUCCAGCGAAAGGGUGAGAGAGGUGGCUUCCUGUUGCUGUAGCAAUGUGAGCAUUCGUCUUCCCCAGUCGGGGAAAGUCACUCUGCUGCCGUUUGCCACACUGAAAGAGAUCGAGGCAGCCCUGAAGCUGCAGGUGAAGGUGAAGAAAGAAGAGAUGGAGGGGAUUAACUCAGAAGGAUCUUACGGUGAUCCUGGUCGCAUGCAGUUGUUGAUAAAGCAGGAACAGUCGAGGUCUUUUAUGGAUGAGCUCUAUAUGGAUGUUGAACAGAAGGAUUUGCCAAGCUCGAAAAGUCCAUCCUUGGGUCUGUUACAUUCAUCAAAACAGAAGCCUCUAAAGCUGGGAUCAGCGCCCUCAUUUGGUGGGUUUUCAACAUCAUCCUCUAUACAGUCAGUAUUCAUGCCAUCUGUAUCUGCAAGCAGUAAUUCAAGCUUGCCAAAACUGUCUAAAUCUCAGAGCCACCAGAUGUGGUCAUCCUCGGCUGACCAGCAGGUCACUGGGAAAAAGAUGCCAAGUAGUCAUCAAUCCACACCUCACUUAAUGCAGCACAAGCAGCAAACAGUCAUCCCUCGAGGGGAGGCCACCACCCCGCUCCUCUUCAAGGCCUCCGGCACCAUAAAGGACAGUCGCACCCAGACCAGCUCUAUCUCCUCCAGGAAGUCUAAAAAAGAUGAGAGUGAGAGCCCCUGGCUCAAUGCACCUAUGUUCUCGGAUGAAAGCUCCAGCAGCCCAUUCCAUACCAGCAUAGACUGCUUCGACUCAGAUAACUCCAUGUAAGGUCAGCAUUGCGCCUCAAGCUCUUUCUCUCGAUGGACCAACCCAUGAUAGCCAAAGCAAGAGAAAAACUUGACCCACUUAAAGCCAGCAGGGUCCUAAUUGUUCCUAAGUUUUCAAACUACAAUUAUAGAAGUGCUUCUAGUGUUGUUUAAAACAUGAUAAACAUUUGUACAUAAUGAUAUCUGGUCAUUUCCCAAGCUUAUGUUAUUGGAUUGUCUUUGUAUACCGGUACAACUUGUGUAAAGUUAAAUCCUUUUUAUUUCCAAGUCUAAUUAUAUAUAUAUAUAUAUAUAUAUAAAUGUUGAUAUAUACACUAGCCUAUAUAGAGACAUACUCAAUGUGUAUUUGGAAUAUUGCCACUACAAGUAAUUGUCAUUUUGUUUCUUUUUUAUAUUUGCAUCUGUUGCUCCUAGUUUUUAAUGUCCUCUUAUAAAAAAGUAGGAACACAUUGAUAGGAAAAGAAUUUGCAAAGAUCUUUUUGUUUUAAUUUUGUGUAACGCUUGCUAUUUUUUUUUAUUUUUAAUAGUAAUGUGGGUUCUUUUUUUUUUAUUUAGUUGCAAACCAUCUGAAUUUAGGGUUAAUCACUGAAUUUAAGGUUUAUCACUUGGCAAAAUAGUAUUGAGUGGUGUCUUUUUUUUUUUGAAUUUAUACUCUGUAUCCUUUCAACACAUCUUUGGCUUCUAUCUUAAAGAGGAGAUUGGGAAGCCUUUCCCUGAGUGUAUUCUUGCACUCUUGACAUAUCUGAGGCACCACUUGUGGGGAAGUUGGGCUAAGCUUAUGCUAUUUUUUUAAAGGGGGCGUUAGCUGAACAAUGGGAGGAAACACAUUUUAUUAAUCUCACCCUAAGGUAAAUUACUAGAAUAUAUUUUUUUUUUUGGACAUGCGGUGGCUAUUUUGAACAGAACCUCAUUAUGGACUGACUAACUCACAGAUCUAAUAGUAAUAAAUAUUAUGGACUGACUAACUCACAGCUCUAAUAGUAAUAAAUAUUAUGGACUGACUAACUCACAGAUCUAAUAAUAAUAAAUAUUAUGGACUGACUAACUCACAGAUCUAAUAGUAAUAAAUAUUAUGGACUGACUGACUCACAGAUCUAAUAGUAAUAAAUAUUAUGGACUGACUGACUCACAGAUCUAAUAGUAAUAAAUAUUUUGGACUGACUGACUCACAGAUCAAAUAAUAAUAAAUAUUAUGGACUGACUGACUCACAGAUCAAAUAAUAAUAAAUAUUAUGGACUGACUGACUCACAGAUCAAAUAAUAAUAAAUAUUAUGGACUGACUGACUCACAGAUCUAAUAGUAAUAAAUAUCAUAUACUGACCAUGUAACUAUAUAAUUUUUAGAAGGAACCUUUUUAAAAGAUACAUUAAGAAUGACUCACAUUGAUCUAACUAAUAAAUAUUAUGGACUGACUGCCUGGUCAUGUGGUAUACACUCUAGAUUGUUACCUCAAUGGUUCUGUUUCACACCCUGCCAGCCACCAUCUGCAUUUUCAUGCAGAGGUUUUUUUCUAGGAUGUAAUGAUCAAUUCUGAAGGAACAUCCAAAUCAUCAUCAGAUAAAUAUAUGUAAAAGUAAUUAUUAUUUUAUAAAUUUAAAAAUAAUAAUAUUAUGGACUAACUGAUUUGCGUAGCUCAAAUAGUAAUGAAAAAUUGUAACUGUCAGACUGACUAACGUAGUACAAGUAGUAAUGAAAAUUGUCAAAGACUUAGGCCCAGGUUUGUUUCUCUUCUUCAACAUCAACUCAUGUUUUAUGUAUAGUUUUUGAUAUUCUCCGACACAUCAUUGUGAUGCCAUGAUUGAUUUGAAACAUUGUGAGAAUUUUUAAUGAACAAGAACAUUACAACUGACCUCAGGUCUGAAUGCUUAAGCCAUUCACGGUGGGACUCGGCUGGAUGAGUUGAAUCGUUCAAUCAAGUCUUGAUUUGAUUUGUUGAGUUUUUUUUUUUUGGUUCUUUGUUGCUGUUUAAUACAUUUACAAAUACAUACCUGUGAAAUAGUAUGUACAUGUCAUUUGGAUUUCAUAUGUCACUGUUUUUAACCUUGAGUGAUAAAUCGAUGGGGGACAACUACAUGAACUUGUGAUUCUGUGGAGAGAACGUUGAAAUAUCGUCGACGCAUAUUAUAAAACACAAAUCAUCUCUGUGAUCAUUUCCUAAAAAAAAAUGCAUUUUGUUUUAAGAAGCAAAUUGUUUUAAAACAAUCUUUUUGUUGAAAAAUUUAAUUUACGUAAAUUUGUAUUCAGCCCUCUCCCCUAAAUAAACCAAUCACUAUACAUUUAUUUUCAAAGUGGAAGAUUUGAUUGGGUAGAAAGAUAUCCAGGGGAGAGUACUGCUGUUAUUGUAAUGCUUUUUUAAGGCUUUUAAUUUUCGUUCUCAUUGUGAAGUUGAAUCUUUUUUUUUUUUUCAUAGUUUUGAAUGUGUUAAAGUUGAAUGCAUUUGAUUGCAAGUGACAAGUAUGUUGAUAAAUUAACUUUUUGUUUUAAUUAGUGCUCUAAUCUACUUCCAGACAAUUUACUUGUAAACAUAUUUUUUAGAAAAAUUUAAAUGGACCAUUUCUACAUCUCUGUGCAUAAAAUCAUUUCAGGGGAUUUCUAUUUGACCUAGUUAUACAACAAUUAUCUUACAAGAUUCAGGCCAAACAAAACACUAUUCAAGUUAAUAUAUAGUUCCUCCUUUGUCUGAUUUCCUGAGAACUUCUCGCUUUAAAAAACUGGCCACGUACUGGACAUGGGUAGGCUAGAAGAUGAGAAUGUGGCUUGCACGAUGAAAACUGUUUAAAGUGAGGGAAUAUAUGCAGUGCAUCAGCCUCUCUCUCUAGCCAGCUAUUUAGUACUUCCAGUGGGAACAGGGUUCAGAAAACUGGCACUGCAAGUAUAUGAUAUAUACACACAAAAGUACUUAGCAUAGUAGGCCUGCAUUCUCCGAAGUGUGAUAUGUAUGUUGAUAACUUUGCAGUAUUGGCUAGUCUUUUGUUUUAUAUAUUUUACGUACUGUUACACUACAUAUAUUUAAAAAAAGGAACUGUACAUGCGUUACAAACAUCUGUUGAUUUUGAGAAUAUAUUUUUUUAAAUCUAAAUCUAGUAAAAUAUUGGCUGCACUUCUUAACUUUAUGGUGAUCAGUUUAGUACGGGCAAACCUAUAUCUCAGGAACUGCCAACUCUUUUGUUUUAUAGCUCCUUUUCUAUCUCAGGCUAUGAUGCUACCCAGUGCUUCUCACAAUGAGCUGCAGGACAGCCCUUGCUGAAGCUCAGUUUAAUGCUGUGAAGUCCUAUAGAGGGGCUCUUAAAAUAACCACUAUACAAAGAAGCAUAUUUAAUUGUAGGAAGAUGGAGCCAUUUCAAUAACCUGAUAAGAAAUGUGAAUGCUUUGUGCAGUAUCCAAAUGUGGCUUGAUAUAUUGUGAUACUCAAAUGCAAAUCUUAUCAUAGCUCUGUAGAAAGACAAUGGAAUGUUUCCGGUAUAUACAGUGAUAGACAUCUGCAGAAUGUUCCACUCAAUAAUGUCUGAGAUAGGUUUCACUAGGAAACACAUUCAACACAGUUAAUCAAAAAUAUUACAAACAAACAAACACCAAAAAAAAAACAUCAUAUUUUUAUAUUUCUUGUAGCUUUUUAUUUGUUUGUUUUUUUUUUGUUGUUGUUUUUUAUUAUUUUAAAUUUUGCACCUGGAAAGUUCAUUUUGUGAAAGUAAAUAUGUGUGAUGAUCAGAGAGCUAGGAAGACUGUGUUACUAACUUUAAUGUGAGCCAUAAUAUCGAGUGAUAUCUAGCCUGAUAGUAUUAAACAAACAAAUGAUGAACAAAAAUAAAAGGGAAUCUACAACUGCGGAGACCCUAAAGCUUGGGGGGGGGAUUCGCGCAUCGUAAGCUUCCUCACAGCACUAUAUUUAACAUUUCAUUUUUUUUUAAAGUAAAACUCUUUUUUUUUAUCUUCCUAGUGUUAAAUGCCAAGGACUGUAACCUGAGCUUACCUAAUGUUUAGACUUAGACUGUACCAUGUGAUGUUAGAUAUGUUAAGAAAUAAUAUUGUGAUUCUCUUCUGUAGUGAUAAACUUUGAAGAUUGUGUUUUUGCUUUGUUUUUUACUCUUGAUUUUAUACCGGUACUUGGAGAAACCACUGUACCGGUUACUGUCUUGGUAUUUUUCUGAAUGCGAACUUUGAUUAGCGUUUUUUAUAUAAAUACUUUUAUCUUUAUAUUGACUCUAAAAUGUAGGACUCUUCUACAUAUAUUUAAUUGUAUUAAUAUUAUAUGGUAUUAAAUAUCAGGUAAACUUUGCCCAUAUAAGCAUAACCACUGGUCUUAUAGCUGUUUAUUCUCUCACAAUGGGUCAUAGAGAAAUACUUAUUUGUUGUUUUUUUUUUUUGCAUUUUAAAUAUUUUUUAAAGUUUAUAAUACUUGACAUAAUGUUUGCUGAAACGACAAGGGAUGGCUGCCUGGUCAUAUGGUAUGUUAUUGGGACCAUCACCUUCUUGAUGGUCCCAGGUUCAAACCCUGCCCACUGCCAUCCACCCACAGUCCCGCGUGAGGUUUGGUCUACCAGGCUAGGAUGUAAUAAUCUUCAAUUCUGAAGGAACAUCUGAAACUUGUCAAAGAAACAAACAUAAAAAACCUGUUGGGUUUCUUGAAUCAAGAAAAAUAGUUCAAAGCAAAAAAAAAGGUUCCAGGAGGCUCCUUUGCUCAGGGAGUUGUCAGACGUCACACUUGUUCCGUGUCACUGUCCGUAUAUUAACAACUUUCUGUGUAUCUGAUUGGUCUGGAGAUCUAUGGGUAACCAUGGCUCAUAACUCAUAAUGAAUUAUUUCGAUGAACAUGUUUUUUUUCCCCUCAUGUACAUUUCUUUUCAAAUGUGUUUUGUGUGUACAGAUUAUUGGCUUGUAUAUUACUAAGUAUAUCUAAAUAAUGUAUAGUUCUUAUAUAUAUGGAAACUGAUCCUCUGAUUACAGAAUAGUCAAUGUAGUGUAUGGUUUGGUUUUUAUGAGUGUCAGUGCAUUGUAGUUUUGUUUAGUAGAUGUACAUCAGAAGUAAGUCUUUAGAUUUUAGUUUUCAGGCUGUCGUGUGUUUGGUAUGAUGGAUGUCCUCUUGACUGAAGUAUUGUAUGUUGACUUGAAUUCACGUUGAAAAUAUUCUUGUCAAGCUUCGGCUCUGUUGUAUAAAGGAAAUGUUUUUUUUUCUUCAAAGGAUGGUGAACAAUAACAAACAUUUCUUCCUGUCUGCUCCACUUCACUUUUUCUACACAUUCUGAAAAGUCAGCUAGACUUUGAACAUAAUACCCAGUUGAAGUCUGACUUGAUGCUUAUCUUUUCACGUGUUUACAUUGUUGACCAGCUCAAAUUAGGAAUAAAUGAAGGUCAUGACAUGUGCGUCUGAAGGGUAAUAGCUUGUGUUCUGUCAUUGGUCAUAAUCCAUCAUGUGAUCUUAAUUCUUUUAGCCAAGCCAUUUUCACUGGGAGUUUUUAUUUUUCUUAGCUUUUUUUGUGUAUGGCAUUAAAGAAUAAUUAGCACAUUCUGUGCUGACAUUGAAGUGUGUGCGCAUUGUUAAGAUGUGUAUAUGUGUAUUAUAAUGAAUGCACAUGGAGCAGAUAUUAGGUAUAUAUGUUGAUUUCAAUUAUCUUUAGUUUCCUCCACCCCUAAAACACACACACUCCUCCCCUUUAAAAAAAAAUCAACUUUAAACCUGGUAAAAUUAUUGUAUUUAUAUUGUCUCAAAAAAGUAAAAUGUAAAUGUCUGUCUGAAUUUGUUUGAAUGUCAAGGCUGUUGGCUGAUCUGAAAUAUGUGUUCAAUGAUUUUAUUACCUUUACUGAUAAAAGAGGUCACAUUCAAAUAGAUGCUGUAUAUGACCUAUAUAAACUACACAUCCCUCAUUGUGCCAUAAUUUGGUCAUUUGCCAGUUAAUCAUUUUACUUUUUAAGCCAAACGCCUUUGUUGUAUCAACAUUCUAGCAUGAGUAUCACUUGUUGUAUGUUGUCCAAUGGAUUUCCCUCAAGAACCAAAACUACAUUUGCUAAAUAAACUUUGGUUCUGGUUUUUUCUGUUCUCAAUGAUUUGUAUUUUUCUUGUCACCAGUUUUAUUUUCAUGCAUUGUAGAACCUUCUCCAUAGUCAACACAACAAUUGUUUUAUUCACUUGUUUGAACAACUUUUCUACCAAUAGACAUGUCAGGAUUUGACAUGUGUUGAAAUAGCAUGGGCAUGGGGAUGUGAACAAAGUCCAUGCGUUCUUGAAAGUCAUUGAAGCUAUGUGUGUCCAUUGGAUCGUUUCUAGAGUUUUGAUAUUAACUCUUGACAUCUUGUAUGUAUGUCUUGACGUAACUCUGUAAUAUUUUGUACGUAAGCAUGUAGCAUAGCAAGUAGGCAGUGUUGUGAUUUUGUUUACGUACGUUAAGGCCAUAAGAUAUUUUUUUUUUUUGUAUUAUUUACCCUGGCCAUCAUAUUAUUUCGCAACUGUAAAGGCCAUAUAAUCUUAUUUCCUACAGCAACCAAACAAAAUGCCAGAACAGAUUCAUUUGUAAUCUUGGGUUUUUUUCUAAGUGUGAAUUUGUGUUUAUAUAUUACAAUUCCAUUGUUUGGUUUCUCUGAUUUUCAGCGCUAUGUUCUCUAGAGCUUACAGUGAUGGGUGUAUAGAUAUGUCAUAUGACAAUGUUCAUGGGGUCAAUAGGAACUGUCUGUUGUAACAUAAUCUUCAUGUUUCUAUUGGCCAUGUCUUUAUGCUGUUAGUCUGUCUUUAGGAGGGUUCUGACUACUUAGUUUUUUUUUGUUGUUUUUUUUUUAUUUUGUUUACUGACAGAAAGAUUUCAAUUUUUUUUUAGAAUUUUUCGCUAUAUUAUUUUUAAAAAAUUUGUUCAUACCAUAAUUUAAUUUUAAUAUAACAAUUUUUUAUAUCAUACAAAAAGAUUUAACAGUUUUAUAACCACUACUUAUAAUAAUGCAUAAUUAAAGAAUACUAGUUUGUUUUUUUGUAGCAGACAUAAUACAAAUCUGUCAUAAAUUAUUUUUUUUUAGUAUAAAAAAAUACAAUUUUUAAACACUUUAAAUAAAAAAUUCUUUAAUUUAAAUUUUAAGAAAUAUUUGAAGUUCAAGUAUUUGAAUAUAGACACACUUUUUUAUAAAAUUAUUUUUUUUAAAGACCAUCUUUAAAUUUUAAGUAUCAUCACUGCAUUAUGUUUUAAUUAAAGAUUCAUUUUAGUUAUUGCCUUGUCAGCUUGCUUAUGGCAGUGUUAGCCUCUGGUAUUUUUUAGGUGUGCAUUCCAUGGUACAUAUCGGAAAAUAUUAUAAAAACUCAGAACAUUUUUUUUUUUUUGUUAACUGAGCCCCCACUCCCCACCCCCCUCUCUCCUUGUUGCACUGCUUCUUCUUUGUAUGUCAGUCCCAAUUAUUUGCCAUUGUUUUGUGGAUUAAAAGCUCUCAAAUAGUUCAAA